ACCGACCGUGGCUGCGCUUUCUUCUCCUUCCACCCUUCAUCAUUUUCAUUCACCCCACGAACUGCUCUCUCUCUCUCUCUCUCUCUCUCUCUCUCGUCGCGACGACUAGGGGAGACCGACGCCGCCGCCCUACGCCAGGUGCCCAGGUCUCCACCGUGUCCUUCGCCGGCGAAGAGAGUUCACCAGCAAUUCUGUAGAAAUGGCUGAUGGUGAGGACAUCCAGCCUCUUGUCUGUGACAAUGGCACCGGAAUGGUCAAGGCUGGUUUUGCUGGUGAUGAUGCACCGAGGGCUGUUUUCCCUAGCAUCGUGGGUCGUCCUCGUCACACGGGUGUCAUGGUAGGGAUGGGACAGAAGGACGCGUAUGUUGGCGAUGAGGCACAGUCCAAGAGAGGUAUUCUCACGCUCAAGUACCCGAUUGAGCAUGGUAUUGUCAGCAACUGGGAUGACAUGGAGAAAAUUUGGCAUCACACUUUCUACAAUGAGCUCCGUGUUGCCCCGGAGGAGCACCCUGUGUUGCUCACUGAAGCUCCUCUGAACCCAAAGGCCAACAGGGAGAAGAUGACCCAGAUUAUGUUUGAGACUUUCAAUGUUCCUGCCAUGUAUGUUGCGAUUCAAGCCGUGCUCUCCCUCUAUGCUAGUGGGCGUACUACUGGAAUUGUUCUCGACUCUGGUGAUGGUGUGAGCCACACUGUGCCCAUUUACGAAGGAUAUGCCCUUCCCCAUGCUAUUCUUCGUUUGGAUCUUGCUGGUCGGGACCUCACGGACUCUCUUAUGAAAAUUCUCACUGAGAGGGGUUACUCCUUCACAACCUCUGCCGAGCGAGAAAUUGUAAGGGACAUCAAGGAGAAGCUUGCAUAUAUAGCCCUUGACUAUGAGCAAGAGUUGGAAACUGCUAAGAACAGCUCAUCAGUUGAAAAGAGCUAUGAGCUACCUGAUGGUCAAGUAAUCACCAUUGGCGCAGAGAGAUUCAGGUGCCCUGAGGUUCUCUUCCAGCCAUCCAUGAUUGGUAUGGAGGCUGCUGGAAUCCAUGAGACAACAUACAAUUCAAUCAUGAAGUGUGAUGUGGAUAUCAGGAAGGACCUCUAUGGCAACAUUGUGCUCAGUGGAGGGUCAACUAUGUUCCCGGGUAUCGCUGAUCGUAUGAGCAAGGAGAUCACUUCCCUUGCACCAAGCAGCAUGAAGAUCAAGGUUGUUGCACCACCUGAGAGGAAGUACAGUGUCUGGAUAGGAGGGUCGAUCCUAGCCUCGCUAAGCACUUUCCAACAGAUGUGGAUAUCGAAGGAGGAGUAUGAUGAGUCUGGCCCAGCAAUCGUUCACCGGAAGUGCUUCUAAGUUUCACCAGUUGUUGUUACCUAGUCUCAAGUAGUCAAGUUAUGUCCCCUUCAUUUCUUGAGAUAUGUGUGGCAGAUUUGCAUGCUACGUUUAUUUGCAUCGGACCUGAGUCUUCUCUGGGAUAGACCCUUCUUUGUGUGUUGUUGCUUCAUGUGCGGUUUGUGAGGUUAGUUGUCAAACAUGCUUGGCUUGAUUGGUUGUACCUCUGAGAGCUGAUAGUUAUAUAAAUUGCUUGGAUUGUGCUGGUGCUAUCAAUAGUCUUGUAUGUAUCUGAAUUCUGAAAGCAUUGUUAUCUGAGCAUCCGUGCAAGUAUGAA